UUCUAUGGGAGUGGCCUCCCUUGACCUGUCAUGCUUGGAAACACAACAACAACAUGAAAGCUCGUUUCAGGUGUUAGCUGACAGAUUCAAGCAACAUUGCCAAAUAUUCCCAUGUGCCACACGCAAUGAGAAUAGACGACCACUGACCUCCGGCAUGGCUUUAUCUCAGGAGUUUGUUGACCAUCACACACACCCAUUAUCCUUCACUCGUACACAAUGGCAGUUAGACUUGCAAGGAGCCCUCUACGAACUGGACCUCAAAAUGUGUCAGUUGAAAACCCUGACAUACAACUUCACUUGGUCAAAAGAUAGUGCUGGAGCUACAUCUGAUCUACAGAGGAGGAUUAUAAAGAUAGACCUAUCCCUAAAUGAGCUGACAGCACUGGAACAUGACAGUUUUGUGCCAUUCAAAAACGUCAGAGAACUUAAUGCAUCCCUCAACAGAAUCACCAAGUUUGCAGGGGUGGAAGUGUUUAAACACUUAUAUACACUCAACCUGUCCCAUAAUUCCAUAAAACGAGUGGAGAAUAUCAUAUCCAUUCCAUCUCUGGUGGAGUUGAACCUCAGUAUGAAUGAGCUCCGGGAUAUCUCCCUCCUACCUAGCCUCAUCAACCUGGAGAUCCUCAAUGUCAGCAAUAAUAAAUUAGAAUCCUUAGAUGGCAUCCAGGGUCUUCCAAAGCUGAAGGAGUUGUACGCCCAGCGUAAUGAAAUAAGACAUGUUUUGCCAUUGACUGGAUGUUUCCACCUUCAAAUCUUGAAUGUGUCCAGUAACAGUAUACAUGUACUACAUACAGUUGUUGGGGUCAUCUCACAACUCAAACAGCUAGAGGUGCUCAACAUGCAUGGCAAUGUGGUGGAGAGGGACCCUAUGUAUCAGAACGAUAUCCUCAAAAACACCAACGUAAUGACAUUAGAUAACAUUCCGAUACGACCACUUCCACGACAACCUGUACCAAGUUAUGACUCCAGUGAUGUGAAGCACAAAAAGAAUAUUGAGUCACUGAAGCAGGCAGCCCAGCAGGCAUUUGAGGAGAGGAUGAGAGAAUCUAAACAAAACAUGCAGGAAAAUGUCCGCUUCCUCCAGAAAAGGAUCAUGGACCUCCAAGACGAGUAUACUCUAUAUGAUGCUAAACUGCGCAAUGACUUGGAUGCUUGUCUAAGGUAUCUGGACUCCUUAAGUAUUCCUGACCUCAGCGACAUGGACAAAGCUAAAUUACGGGAUGAAAUUACUUCACCAGAUGAUGGUAAAUUCUGGCAUAGUGGCAGAAGAAGUAAGCGACCACCACAGAAGACAGACUACAGUGACAUUAGGAAGACAGAGGAACUAUUACGCUUUGCAAAACAUGAAUUGGGGAAGCAUCCAGAAUGAGCAGAAUGAAGUGAAAGGAAACAUUUCGAAUAGAUAUCCAAUUAUUGCUAAAAAGACAUUCCAGUCCGUCCACGACAUUCCACCUGUUGUCAUCCUACCUACUGCUACGCUGGGACUUUUCAUACUAAUUGUUGCGUAUGAUAACAACUUUUUCAAUGUCAAAACAUACACAUCGGUAGCUAUAUAUCUGUCAUCAAUCUGUCCGUCCUCAAAUUUUAUUAAGAAUUUGACAAGUUUGCUUUUCACUCGUCAACUGUGAUACUUAAGAUGUUGAUAUUUGAAGUUAAUACUUUUUGUUGGUAGUUCUAUAGGUGUCUGCUGAUACAAUUUGAUCUGUGCUAUCACGUUACAACCAUUUUUUUUUUUGACAUGCAUUGAACUUUGUUGAAUUUUGUGUUUGACUCCAUUUCAGUUAAAUUGGAGCUGGAGACAUACAUGCUUCAUAGACAUUGUCUAGUUUAUUAUAUUGCAGUUAAAUAUUUUGUAUAGAGGUCUGAACUUACAUGUUGUUAUUGUGAUAAUGACUGACUCAUUAUUUUACAUACAAUUACAGCCUUGUAGUUGAAAAGCGUCCAUUACCAUCCAUUAGCAUCCGUAUUUCAUGAUCAGAAGGUUAUCAGUGAAAAUAGCAAUGAUGAGAUAUGUGGUCUGUAUUUGUAUUGUUUACAUGAACGUCAUUGGUUUGAUUAAUACUUUACACUAAUUGAUUAAAUUAUGGAUUCUGUACUUUA